AUGUCUCGUUCAGCUCGUCAGAAAUUAGAUGAUGAUAACUCUCAUAGGAUUGAAAAGACACAAAGGAGAAUAUUGCCUGAAUGUCUUCAGUUUAAUAGAGAAAGAAGUAUGCCAAUUGCCAGUAUAUUUGGGACAAGAGGAUUUUUCGUGUUUUCAAGUGAGCAAUCUUAUGACAAAUUCAAAGAGACAAACUUCAAGUUCAACGUUCUUGAUGCGGAUGGUGUAGGUGUGCCUCUUUUUCACAUUGUCCGAAAUUAUAAUGUUUUAGGUCACUUCACCGGAAGCUCACCGGACUUCCAAAUUUACAAGUACGUUUUACAAAAAUUACAAGAUCCGCCUUUAUACUCUGAAUGUCAGGUUAUUAGCAAGGAUAAGUUAUUUCGUUUAUGCAAAAUACCGUACUGUGAAAUCUACAGCCAUUUAAGUUUCUUUGAGACUAAGUACGAUUUUUUCUAUCCCUCCCGAACGCAGCCGUUCAAAAGGUAUCAAGUGGUUAAACAGAACAAUUUCCGAGACCUGGACGCUUAUCUGAAUGGCAUGCAUUUCCAUUGGCAUGUGAAAUUUUAUAGCGAUCACUAUCGUUUGACGUACUUACACGAAGAAGGCCACGGAUCAUCAAGUGAAAAACAAAUUGACCGGCCAGAUUUUGUAAUUGGACAUUACACAAAAAAAUUUUCCAAUAUCCUCCCCAGAUCCAUUUCAAAAUGCUCCAGCGUGAUCAUUGGAGAGCAAUCACCACCCGACUAUCUCGGCAUCACCUCUGUUCCAGAACUGACUGAGGCAUUUGCCUGCCAAGGAGCAUUAAUUCACUAUCUAGAGCAUAUUGAAGACAAAAGAAAAAGGCGUAGGUGA